AGCUAAGCAAAGCACAUUGAUAACUGCCUUUUUUACUGCUAGACCUGUGUGCUGCACAGAGCUAAGGCCUUCAGUUUCCCCUUCCUUACCCAGGUUACUCACAAAAUGGAUUCCCAGCGGGAACUCGCAGAGGAACUGCGGCUUUACCAAUCCACCCUUCUUCAGGAUGGUCUAAAAGAUCUCCUGGAUGAGAAAAAAUUCAUCGAUUGCACCUUAAAAGCAGGUGACAAAAGUCUUCCUUGCCACCGACUGAUAUUGUCAGCUUGUAGCCCUUAUUUCCGUGAGUAUUUCUUAUCUGAAAUUGAUGAGGAGAAAAAAAAGGAGGUAGUACUAGAUAAUGUGGACCCUGCCAUAUUGGAUUUAAUCAUCAAAUACCUUUAUUCAGCCAGUAUUGAUCUCAAUGAUACAAAUGUGCAAGAUAUUUUUGCCUUGGCUAGCCGCUUUCAGAUCCCCUCAGUGUUCACUGUCUGCGUUUCCUAUCUUCAGAAAAGACUUGCUCCUGGUAACUGUCUAGCCAUCCUGAGAUUAGGCCUUCUUCUUGACUGCCCAAGACUUGCGAUAUCUGCUCGUGAAUUUGUGUCUGAUCGCUUUAUACAGAUUUGCAAGGAAGAGGACUUUAUGCAACUUUCUCCACAGGAACUGAUCUCAGUUAUUUCAAAUGACGGCUUAAAUGUUGAAAAAGAAGAAGCAGUGUUUGAAGCAGUAAUGAAAUGGGUCCGAACAGACAAAGAAAACCGGGUGAAAAAUCUUGGGGAAGUAUUUGAUUGUAUCCGUUUUCGCCUUAUGACAGAAAAAUAUUUCAAAGAUCAUGUUGAGAAGGAUGAUAUAAUUAAAAGCAAUCCUGAUCUUCAGAAAAAAAUCAAAAUUCUAAAAGAUGCUUUUGCAGGAAAACUUCCUGAGCCUAACAAAACUGCAGAGAAGACUAGUGCUGGGGAAGUGAAUGGUGAUGUGGGUGAUGAAGAUUUGCUUCCUGGAUAUCUGAAUGAUAUCCCCAGGCAUGGAAUGUUUGUGAAAGACCUCAUUCUUUUGAUUAACGACACAGCUGCAGUGGCUUAUGACCCCACAGAAAAUGAAUGUUACCUUGCUGCACUGGCUGAGCAGAUUCCCAGAAACCAUUCCAGCAUAGUCACCAAACAAAAUCAAGUGUAUGUUGUAGGAGGAUUGUAUGUAGAUGAAGAAAACAAGGAUCAGCCUCUACAGUCAUACUUCUUUCAGUUUGAUAAUGUAGCAUCUGAAUGGGUUGGACUUCCCCCUCUUCCAUCAGCCAGAUGUCUCUUUGGUCUGGGAGAAGCAGAUGACAAAAUCUAUGUAGUCGCUGGCAAAGAUCUUCAAACAGAGGCUUCAUUGGAUUCAGUUUUAUGCUUUGAUCCUGUGUCUAUAAAGUGGAAUGAAGUAAAAAAGCUUCCUAUCAAAGUCUACGGUCAUAAUGUGAUUUCACAUAAUGGAAUGAUAUAUUGUCUGGGAGGAAAGACAGAUGACAAAAAAUGUACAAAUAGGGUAUUUAUUUACAACUCCAAAAAAGGAGACUGGAAAGAUUUGGCCCCAAUGAAAACCCCUCGUUCCAUGUUUGGAGUGGCAAUCCAUAAAGGCAAAAUUGUGAUUGCAGGAGGUGUCACAGAAGAUGGCCUUUCCGCUUCUGUUGAAGCUUUUGAUCUCACCACCAAUAAGUGGGAAGUGAUGCCUGAAUUUCCCCAAGAGAGAAGUUCUAUCAGUUUAGUCAGUAUGGCUGGAUCUCUUUAUGCUAUCGGUGGAUUUGCUAUGGUUCAACUUGAAUCCCAGGAAUUUGCACCCACGGAAGUCAAUGAUAUAUGGAAGUAUGAAGAUGAUAAAAAAGAAUGGACUGGCAUGUUAAAGGAGAUUCGUUAUGCCUCAGGAGCUAGCUGCCUGGCAACACGCUUCAAUCUUUUCAAACUGUCUAAAUUAUAGAUAAGAAAAGUAACAAUAUAAUUGUGGGAGUUUUUGAUUAUGGAUUUUUAAUUUGUUGUGUUUUUAAAAGACUGUACAGAAAUUUAUAUAGAAAUCUACUGUUACUGUGUCACUGUCUGAAAUGUUGACAACUUUUGUAGAUAAAUGAAUCAAAGUAAAUAUAUUGUUAAUGUAAAAAUCAGUCAUCAUAAAGAUUUCUAAAAGGAGAUAAAAGAUAAAAUUGAAUUUAUACAAUCUUGUUGGUAAUCUGUCUGCUCCAAUUGUCUGUAAAGAGAUAGUAAGUUCAAAUUGUCUGUGAACAUAUAUCUAUCAUUUCCAUCAUCAGGCUAUUGCUAUGUUCAUUUUCAAUUACAAUUGAAGUUAGAGAAUGAAAUAUCUUAUUUUUUUUUUAAACAACAAACCAAACCCCUCUAUUUCUUCCAUAUCAAGUCAAAAAUUACUACCAAUUUUAAUACAUCAAAAUAAUGAAAUUUUAAUAUUGUUCUUGAUAAUAAUAAAGAUGAUAAUGUGAGAUUUCAGAAAUGAUAUUUAAGACUGUAGCAAAGGCUCUUUUCAUCACUUAAGGGAAAAAGUUGAAGUAAAAUAGUUAGAUUAAUAAGUUUUCUUUCUUUUCCCUACUUCUCUUUGCAAGCCUGUGCAGUCUUUUACCAAUUUCCAACUUCCUUUGGUUUACCAAUAUUAAUCAAUGAUUUUAUCUUUAAAAUUAAAAAUCAGGAACUCUUAAUCCUGAAGCCAUAAGCUACUAUCUCAUGGUGGGGAGAGAGAGAGAGUAUCCAUAAGGAAACUGAUUUAUUUGUUAGCCUAAUGAAUGGUGUGUUCCUUGGUGGGUUUUUACGUACAUGGAUACUUGGAAAUAAUAAGGUGGCAAGCAGUACAAAAAAAUCAUUCUUUGAUCUCUUCACAUAAAUUGUGAAAGUUCUGGGGGGAAAUUGUGUUCAUGUUACUUAGGCUUCAGGUAUAAAGUAUGAACAUUCCUCAUCACAACCACACACACACAUCUUCAACACCUUUACUACUGUUGCUUGUUCAAUUACUCAGUCUUAUUUUGCUCUCAUAAAGAACUUGACUUCGCUGCAUGAGCCAUUUGACCAGAAACCUUAGGACUAUUUUUAGAAUUAGACUGCUUCCUUUCUGAAAUACUAUUGAUUUUACUUCUGACUUUAGGCUAAUUCAGUAAUAUCCCCACUGAGGUAGAACAUUGAUGCCUUUUCUUUACAGGACACAGAAAUACCUGAUUUGAUACAUUAGAUCAGUAUCUAGCACUUGGCAAUGAUCACAUGUCAGAAAAACAAUCUAAUGUCAGUUUAGGAAUAAAUGUGAUGGAUUAAAUUAACUGUUACUAUCUGAUAAAAACACAUAUGUAAUUUUAAAAGACUUUUUUUUUGUACGGGCUGCAUCAGAAUCAGAGCAAAAAUUAUUUUAAAUGGCAUUAAAAUGGCAUAGUGACA